AUGUGGACCUGGUGGCACAACAUCACACAGCUGGUGCAGGCAUCCUGCCGCACUUGGGAUUGCAACCUUCUGGCGGCCAAGACGGAUCUCGAUGAUGAAUACAACUUUGAGCCCGGCAGGUAUGCCGGCCAGGGAUACAAAUAG